AUGGUGGGACUGCAAAAAGGCCCUGGCUUGGGCGCGAAAAAGGGUUCGGUAGCUGCUCCCUCGAAAACCGGGUCCACACAAAAUAUGUCUGCUAAUAUUAAAGUAGUGGUGAGGGUUCGUCCCUUAAAUAUGAAAGAAAUGCAGUCGAACAAUCGUAUUGUUGUAGACGUUGUUGAUGACAAAAUGUUAGUGUUUGACCCGAAGGAAGAAACCAGACCUUUCUUUUAUCAGGGAGUCCAGCAGCCUAACAAGAACUACCUGAAACGUGCUAACAAAGAGUUAAAGUUUGUCUUCGAUGAUGUUUGUGGUCAGGAAGCCUCAAAUCAAGACGUAUUCGAAACCACAACAAAGGAUAUUAUUUCAUCUCUAAUGGAGGGGUAUAAUUGUUCAGUCUUUGCAUAUGGAGCGACUGGGGCUGGAAAAACGUUCACUAUGAUUGGCACUCUAGAGAAUCCUGGUAUUACUUAUUUAACAAUGGCGCACUUGUUUUACACAAUUGAUUCUUUCGAGAAGGAUAGAGAUUUUGAUAUUGGAGUGUCAUAUAUUGAGGUUUAUAAUGAAAAUGUGUAUGAUCUUCUUAAACCAUCUUCUACUCCACUCCAACUUCGGGAAGACUCAAAAUAUGGGGUGAUGGUAGCUGGUCUCAGCCUUCAUUCCAUUAAAACAGCUAGAGAGCUUCUUAACAUGCUUGAAGAUGGAAAUAAAAACAGAACACAACAUCCUACUGAUGCUAAUGCCGAAAGCUCUAGGAGUCAUGCUGUGUUUCAGGUGUAUGUUAAAAUGCAGUAUAAGAUUAGCAGCCAGCUUCGUAUGGUAAAAUUAUCUAUGAUAGAUCUUGCUGGUAGUGAGCGCGCCUCAGCUACUGGUUGUAAAGGAGACCGGUUCAAAGAAGGUGCUAAUAUUAAUAAAAGUCUCUUGUCACUUGGCAAUUGUAUCAACAAAUUGGCUGACGGAAGCAAUUAUAUUCCUUACAGAGAUUCAAAAUUGACUCGUCUUCUUAAAGACAGUCUUGGUGGCAACUGUAAGACAGUUAUGAUCGCUAAUGUAUCCCCAUCAAGUAUAACAUAUGAAGACACAUACAACACACUCAAAUACGCUGCAAGAGCAAAUAAAAUCCAACUAUCAAUUAAAAAGAAUAUUGUUGAUGGUGAUAUACGGGCGUCACAAUAUGUUAAGAUAAAUAAGGAGCUUAAGAAGAGAAUUAAAGAGUUGGAAGCCAAAUUAUCUCUGUCCUCUCUGAAGACUGUCAAAGAGUCUGACGGAGUUAAGGAAAAAUUGUCUCAGCAAUGGCGACAGCGCAUACAAUCAGCUGAAACCGCACACGCUGCGAUUGAAAGUCGUCUAAUAGCAAACAUGUGCCAACAGCGCAUGCUAGCGUUACGUCAACAUCUGCGAACGCGGGCCUUCCAGCACCUCACAGAUUUGGCUCAUCGGUGCUCCACUGAACAUAUUCAACAGAUGUGUGUAGAAGAUAUUCCUCGUCAAGAACGUGCCGCUGAAAGUUAUGUGAAGCAAUGUGCACUACUCGAUACCAAAGUACUUUCUACUUGGAGCGAAUGGAAUGAGAGCCAAAAGAAGUUGAAUUUAAUGUACAAUCAGGCUGUUGCAGACCAUCCAGAACUCAAAGACUUUGUCCAGAAACUACAGACCCAAGCCAAACUAAGAUUAGCUGAAGCCAGAGGCAAUCUACGAUACAAGCUUCUAGCCAUCGAGCACCAGGAAAUUAAAUCCUUCACAGACUAUGCCAGCGAAAUGCCCAGAAUGCUGAAGAAGCUUUAUCUAACUUUAAAAGGUUAUGAUAGAGUCACUCCUCCGUUGACCAAUGAGUAUCUAGAGAUUAUGAAGAAGGCAAAGUCGGUCAAGGGUAUAGUGUGGUCCGAUGAGGUACCGGAUAACGAUGACUUAUUCAAAUUUGUGUCAUCACUAGAUUUAGAAAAGCCAAUCAGUGGUAUCAACUUUGAUGAUGAAGAGAACAUUGAAAAUAGGGAGCCACUCCUGUCAGCAAAGAAGCGUAAAGGGACAUUCACUAAAGGCACUCCUAUGAAGAUAAAUAAUGAAACAAUCAUUAUUAAUGAUUCAUUUGAGAGCAUGGAUGUGAAACAAGUCAUGAAUUCAGCGAAGAAGGUAAAAAAAGAACCGAGUCAGUCAUCAGAAGUGGAUAAAUUUAGCACUAUUGAUCCGAACUGUUUGAAUUCAACAUUUGUUAUGGCACAUAAAAUGGACUGGAAGGAAACUGUGAAGGUGGAACCGAACAGACAGCCAAUUAAAACUCAGAUGGAAAGGACGAAUACAAUCACCCGUACAAACAAUUCUAAUGACAGAGAUAUUAGUAAUGUAGAAGUAAAAAAUAUUACAGACUCCGCUGAUGUAAAUAUAGAGUUUAUUCAAGCUGAGACUUUAGAUCCAUGCACUUCUCAAAGUAUUCCAUCAAUUAAAAACAGAGACUGGGAGGAAAACUGUAAGGAGAACAUUCCCAACAAUAUAGAAGUCCCAAAUGUAUUUGACUGUUCAACACCAAAGGCUAUGCUGCGAAAACCAGUCUCUAAAGAGUUAUCUGUGUCCUACGACAAAAGGAAAAGUUAUUUUAACCCGUUGGAAACUAGGAAGCGAAUUAUUACAUACACGGAUAAAAAAAUUAAUUUUUUAAAACAAAAAGAAAUAAGAGAGCAUGAUUUAUCAAAAUAUGCUAAAGAAGAGCAUGAAAAACAUAUGCUGCACGAAGAAGAGGCUCACAAAAAAUCCAUGCUGUAUAAAGAGGAAGCACACCAAAAAGCGAUGCAGCAGAUGGAAGAAAGACACAAAAAAUAUAUGGAGCAGCAAGAAGAGUUACAUCAAAUUGAGAUGGAGUGCAAGAAGCAACAUUUAGAAAAUAUGAAAAUUAAAUAG